UUACACCACCAACACCGACUUACGAUCUACCGACUCUCACUUGACCCUCCACCAUGCUCUUCUUCAGCUUCUUCAAGACCCUCACAAACCAAACCGUGACCAUCGAGCUCAAAAACGAUAUCCGCAUCCGCGGCACCCUCAAAUCCGUCGACCAGUACCUGAACAUCAAGCUCGAUGAUGUCGACGUCCUCGACCUGGACAAGUACCCGCAUCUGUCGUCGGUGAAGAAUAUGUUUAUUCGUGGGAGUGUGGUGCGCUAUAUCAUGUUGCCGCGGUCGGAGGUGGAUGUUGGGUUGUUGGAGGAUGCUACGAGGAGGGAGGCUGCCAACCAGGCCGGAAAAGCUCGUUAAUCGACCCGACCCGACCCCCUCCAUCCUAAACGGAACUCGAUGAUGAUUACGCUGUUUUACUGAAUUGAAUCGAUGCAAUCCCUUUACUUACGACGUGAUGUGAUGUGAAUGCGGUUUUCGGAUUGGAAUCGCUCUUCUACCGUUUUGCCGUUUCCCUCCAUACUGCGUGAUGAAUAUUCCCCGGCUCGAGGCCACUU